UGUCAACAAACAGCUGAUAAGAGUAUUGUUUUGUGCGGUACUGCCGUAAUUUGGUUAUUCAGUAAAAUAAAUUAAAUAAAAUGAGUGAAGCGCCCAGACUUAUCGUGCUUUACGGCAGCCAAACGUACACGGCUCAAGAAGUAGCAGAAAGAAUAUGGCGGAAAACGAAAGUCUUAGGAUUUCGAGGGCCGGUUCAGGCAAUGGACGAGUACCCAAUAACUAGCCUUAUUAAAGAGGAAUUUGCUAUAUUCGUGUGUGCAACAACUGGACAGGGUGACGAGCCAGAUAAUAUGAAGAAGUUCUGGAAGUUUUUGUUGCGAAAAAAUCUACCUGCUACCUCUUUAUUGAAGUUAAAAUAUGGAGUGCUUGGUCUCGGUGACUCGUCGUAUUUGAAGUUCAAUUUCGCUGGCAAGAAGCUGCAUAGGCGGUUGUUACAGUUAGGAGCAACACCAUUAUUAGAUAUAGGACUAUGUGACUACCAGCAUGACUUAGGCCAUGAUGCAGUUUUGGCACCCUGGCUAAAGGAAUAUUUAUCUAUAUUAAAGACAUAUUAUCCAAAAAUAGAGCCAGACAACAUAAAAACCACUUUCAUACCUCGAUGGAAGGUAUCUUUAGAAAAAUGUGAGGAUAAAACUACUAAUAAAAAAGAUGGUUUGACGGAAGAUAUAUAUUUUGCUAAAGGCAUAAGGGAUAGCUUUGUUGAUGCCACGCAUUUCCAAGUUGUCAAAAAUUAUAGAACUACACAUAUUACACAUUUUCAAGAUGUUCGAAUGAUUACACUCAAAACUACAGGUAAAACCGUAGUUAAAUACCAACCUGGAGACGUAUUCAAUAUACGCCCUAGGAAUAGUAAGGAGGAUGUAGAAGAUUUAUUUAAUAUUUUCAAAGAGCACAACAUUGAUAUACUACCUCAUUACAAUUUAGUAGUUGAAGAAUGUCAUGAUGACAUGCCCGUCCCUCCGUUCCUAAAACAACCGCACACUUUAUAUGAAAUAGCCGAACAAUACUGGGACCUACGCAGUUACCCGACACAAUAUGUCUUCUCUCUUCUCGCACAAGUGUCUGAGGAUAAGUUAGAAAGAGAGAAGUGUAUAGAGCUCAGCUCCCCUGAGGGACAGGAGGACUGGCUUAAUUAUUGUAGAAGGCCCAAGAGGACUGUGUUGGAGGUCCUACACGACUUUCACAAGUCCGCAUCGAAGUUGACAUUAGAAGUAGUUUUUGAGUUAUUUUCCACCAUCAAACCGCGGUCAUUCUCUAUCGCAAGCAGUUGCUUACCAUCAGGGGGUAGAGACAUAGACCUAUUAGUAGCCGUUGUUAAUUAUAAAACGAAGUUAUUGAAGCCAAGACUCGGCCUAGCCUCAAACUGGCUGAAAGAUUUGAAGAUCAGCGAUAAAGUGUUUGGAUGGAUCAAACCUGGAACCCUUGUGUUUCCUAAAGAUUCUUCGACACCCCACAUCAUGAUAGGCCCCGGUACAGGUCUAGCCCCCUUCCGAAGUCUCCUACAAGAGAGGGAGAAGCUACAAACUGCAAAAAAGGAUGCUCUACACUUAAUAUUCGGAUGUCGGUACAAAGAGAAAGACUUCCACUGCAGAGAGGAUCUGGAGAGAAUGGUGAAACAGGACAAGUUGACUCUGUAUUGUGCUUUCUCUAGAGACCAGGAGGAGAAAGUAUACGUCCAACACAAAAUAUCAGAAAACAAAGAUCUGUUGUGGCAGUUAAUAUCCAAUAAAGCUUACAUCUACAUAUCGGGUAACGCCAAGAAUAUGCCUGACAAUGUCAGAGAGGCCUUUAUAGAAGAUGUUCUGAGCAAAACCGGAGGACAAACUAUUGAAGAAGCCAGGACUAUGCUGAAAGAAUUGGAGAAUAGUGGACGGUUUCAAGUUGAGGCCUGGUGAUGUAAUAAUGCUAUUAUUUGAAUUUUUUGACCCCUUUCAGACCGCCACGGUUUGGUGUAGCUGGCAAAUACUGUUUAUAAAAUGAUAAUAAUAUAGUUGUAUUUAUACUUUCUUUUUUAUAUUUUCUUUUUCUUACUUUUUUGAUGUGUUUCUUCUAUCACAACAUCAAAAAUAAGACAAUAAAUGAAAUUGUUGUCCAUGUCAUAAUACAAAUUAACUUUAGUAGCUUUUGAACGAACAUAAUAUGCACUGCUUUUGAUGAGAUUCUUAAAUCCAAGUCAGUUUCCUUGGUUUUUAUCUAUUCCAAUGGAAACUAAUGUAUUUAAUAAGUAUGUUUGUCUUUAAUAAUUUCUCGUUGUCAGCCAUUGCACCAUACCGUGGCGAUCAUAUGUAAAAAACAAUUUAUUUUUAUUUAUAAAAAUCCGAUUUUGUCAAACAAAAUUAUUAUUAUUAUUUUAAUUAUUGAGCAGUGUUACUGCAUGACGUCACAAAUUGUUCUUUAUUAAUUUAAUAAGAGGUAUGACCUCACCUCAGGCCUAAAACAUCACAUAGAAAAUUAGACAUUAUUGACAUAGAAAUAAAAUUUAAAAUCAGGUGUAGGUAAUAUUCGACUCGAAUAACAAUUUUAUAUUUAGUACCUUACGUAUAGGUAAUGUAUAUUAUGUGCUUUUUAAUAUAAUAAAAAGGUAACUGUGAUAAUUUAUUGAAUAAAAUCACAACACAAUUUUAAA